AUGGGCAAUGAUGGAGGAAGUAUUCCUACGCGACGGGAGCUCGUCAAGGAAGCGGCGCGGAACCCGACAGCCACCGAACUGAAAGACAAGCAAAAAGAGCACCUUGCGCAUCGUUGGUCGACCUGUCCAGUCUCCCAUAAGCCCCUUAGAAGACCUAUUGUCUCAGAUUACUCAGGCGACCUCUACAAUAAGGAUGCCAUCAUUCAGUUUCUGCUCCCCGCCGAAGCCAGCUCCGUCGACAAGCAAGAGUACGAGAAAUUUAUCCAAGGCCGCAUCAACAGUCUGAAGGAUGUAGUCGAAGUGCGAUUUGAAACAGAACAGGAUGAGAAGACCAAGUCAGAUAAAUGGAUCUGUCCUGUCACAUCCAAAGAGCUCGGUCCGAAUGUUAAGGCAGUUUACCUCGUGCCCUGUGGCCAUGCCUUUUCGCAAGAGGCCGUUAAAGAGACGAAGAGCGAGGGGAAAUGUGUCCAAUGUGGCACUCCGUACGAAGAAAGAGAUGUCAUACCUAUUCUUCCUUGCACCGAGAAAGACAAGGCGUUCGUGAUCGAGCGGAUAGAGGCCUUGCACUCUCUGGGACUCACGCACUCCCUGAAGAAAGCCAGCGGGGGAAAGAAGCGGAAAGCAAAUGGUAACACCAAGUCAGAAAAAGGACAGGACGCUUCGAAAGUGCAGGCAACCGGGGUAAAUGGGCACGAGAAAUCAAUGCCGGCUAACACCUCGCGUCCUUCGACAACCCAAUCAGGAACCUUGACGUCAAAUAUGCCUAAUGGGAUUAAGGAUGUCGCAACCGCCAGUCUCACUGCCCGAGUCAUGGAGGAGGAAGAAGCUAGGAAGAAAAGACGACGUGAGAACGAGAACAUCAGCUCCCUGUACUCGAAGAAAUCAGACGACCAGGCUCGAAGAGGCGGCGACUUCAUGACUCGAGGAUUUUCGAUCCCUGCAAACGCCCGACACAAAUAG